CUCAAUAAAAAAUAUUUUGCAUUACCUAAAUAUCUACUAUUAUUUUAUAUUUAUGUUAUAUUAUAUUUGGGUUUCAUAUUUUAGUUUUUUUCUUAAUAUAUAAUUAUAGUUUAUCUUAACGAAUUCGUCUACAAUGUUAAUUCAAGAACCUGUUCAAGCUGCAAUUUGGCAUUGUAUAAAUCAUUAUGCAUAUUCAGAUGCAAUUUUUCUCGCUGAACGAUUAUGUGCCGAAUUUGAUUCAGAUGAAAGUACUUACUUACUGGCAACUUGUUAUUAUCGUGCUGGUAAGCCGUCCCAAGCUUAUUCCAUUCUUAAUGGAAAGAAAAUAGUAUCAGAAAAAUGCAAGUUUUUAUUAGCUCGGUGUUGUGUUGACCUUCAUAAGUUAUCAGAAGCAGAAACAAUAUUGACAGGCAAUGUAGGCGAUUUAAUAUCAUUGUCGUCGUGUUCUACAUUUAUUGAUUCAAUAGUCUCAAAUUAUGGUGACAGUGCUCCAUUUGCGUUGCAACUUAUCAGUCAUAUAUGGUGGCGAUCAGAAAGAGCACAUUUGGCGGCCGAGGCUUGUCGAAAAGCUCUAUUCCUAAAUCCUUUUUUGUGGCAAUCAUUUCAAGACCUUUGUGAUCGAGGCGUUAAACCGGAUCCUGAACCAUUUAAAAUAUUUAAAGUCGACAAUUUAGAUAAUUUUAGUAAAUGCGUAGGAUCAAAUUCACAUGUUAAUUCAACACCUUUAUCAACAUAUAACCUAUCAUACGAGUCAAUGAACACUUUUAACAGCAGUACGCCAGCCCAAAAAAUGAUUAAUAUGUCUGUACCUAGUAGUAAUAGUUCAAUAUCCAGCGGUAUACAACCUUUUACACCCGAUAUGAAUAAUGCGAAAGCAAUAUUUGUUCGACCCAUCGGGAGAAAAGUGAAAGUGAUUAAUGAAAAUGCAUUUAGUCCUUUAACACCAAGUUUUGGAGUUUUCCCGUUGGAAAGUCCUGACAACAAUAUAUCUGUAAGUUCAUCUCAAUCUAUGGUUUUAGUUCCUUCAGGUACAUUAAAUGAAACUAAUGAUCAGAAGUUUAUUUCAAAACGAAGUUCUAAACCAGUGUUCAGCCAAUCGGGCAAUACAAGUAAUAUCAACAAUUUGGGCACACAACAAGUGACUCUACCGUCAAGUCCAAUGUCGCACGUAGUCAGACGGAGUAGUCGAAUAAUUACAAAUAGCUGUUCUGUUAAAGAAAAUACAAAGAGUCCUAGUAAAAAGUUUGCAAGUCCAAAAUCAGCAUCACGUAAAAUAAAAACUGGAAUAGUUCCUAAAAAAGCAGUUUUUACUGAUAUUACUGAACGUAAUCCAAAAGAUCGAGGGAGUAUUGAAGUGGACACCACUACUUUGGCCCAGCAAGCGCUAACUUUGCAAAAGAAAACGGCUGAAGGCUUGAUGUCGUUGUUAAGAGAUAUCGGAGUAGCAUAUUUGCAAUUAUCAAAGUUUAACUGUAAAAAGUCAAUUCAAUUGUUUCAAAAUUUACCACCACAACAAUAUAAAACUGGAUUUGUAUUGUCUAUGAUUGGUAAAGCAUUUUGUGAACAAUCUGAUUAUUUACAAUCAAUCAAAUAUUUUAGUGAAGUCCGAGAACUCGAGCCGCACAGGGAUACAUUAAUGGAACUUUAUAGUACAGCGUUAUGGCAUCAACAGAAAGAAGUAGCGCUUUCUGCUUUAGCUCAAGACUUGACUGCUCUAGAUCGACAUUCUUCAUCUACUUGGUGUGUUGUUGGAAAUUGUUUUUCUCUGCAAAAGGAACACCAAACAGCCAUUAAAUAUUUUCAACGAGCAAUUCAGGUUAAUCCAGAUUUUCCUUAUGCAUACGCGUUAUUAGGUAAUGAAUAUUUAGUCACUGAAGAAUUAGAAAAAGCAACAACCUGUUUCCAAAAAGCUGUCAAAUUAGAUCCAAGACAUUAUAAGUCAUGGUAUGGUAUUGGUGCUAUUUAUCAAAAACAGGAAAGAUAUGAACUAGCCGAAAUGCAUUACAAGCGAGCGUUAAAAAUAAAUCACAGCAGUGCCUUAAUCAUGUGUCAUAUUGCUGUUGUUCAAAACAGCAUGGAUAAACCUGACCAGGCGUUACACACGUUACAUAUAGCGUUAACGCUAGAACCCAAACACCCAAUGUGUAAAUACCAACGAGCGCAAAUUUACUCAAAACUGGGUAAACUACCUGAAGCACUUUAUGAACUCGAGGAACUGAAAGAAAUUGUGCCUAAAGAAUCUCUAGUCUAUUUUUUAACUGGCAAAGUACAUAAAAAAUUAGGAAACAUUCAUCUGGCACUCAUGAAUUUCAAUCGUGCAACUGACUUAGACCCUAAAGGCGCUAGUAAUCAAAUAAAAGAAGCAAUAGACCCAACGAAUAACCAAUCACCUUUGGAUGAUUCAGAUGACCCUUGAUGCAGUAAAUUAGUUAAUUUGUUUGUAUUUAUUUAUUUUGUAACAUUAUAAUAAACUGUCUUCUAUUUUUUAAACUUAUUUUACAGUUUUGAAUAAUACAUUUUAAUGGCUGUUGUAAAGGAAAUACUAGUUACUUUUAAGUUUAUAAGAGACUGUCCAGGUUCAUGAUUUAAACAAAUAUUAUUUUUUGGUCGAAUCCUACAAGUAAACAUUAAUUUAUGUAGAACUUAACCAUGUAAUUACUCAUAUGAUAACCAUAUAUAUAUAUAUUUUUUUUUAACAAUUUCUGGAUGAAUUAUUUAUACAAUUGUUAAAGUUUUAUUGUGGUAUUUAAGACUUUGAUUUUUAGAGCUAAUUUUGUGCAUGGAUGUAUUUUGUAAAAUUUAGCCAACGAUUUGUUUUAAUUCCUUAAGAAAUUCCAUAAUUUUUUUUAUUUUCCAUUAAUGCACUUGUAUAUAAAUUAUUAUUGAUAAAACGAAAUGUUUUAAAAAUUAAACAAUAUCAAUAUUUUUUCUCCCGUAGUUAAAACACAACAGAAAGUGUAUUACAACAAAAUUGUAUCUCCCCUAUUUAUUAGAUCUUAACUAAAAGUAUCCAAUUUAUAUUUGGCUAAAAUCAAUAAAAGUACAAUGUUAUAUAAGUGCUGAGAUAUAUUUUUUUUUAUGUUGAAUAACAUUUUUUUAUUUUACAAAGUAUGUGUUAGGUGGAAUUAGGUUCAGGAAUAACACCUAAAUUGAACUCUAUUUAGUAUUUACUAUAUAAUAUAAAUUAUUAGGUAUCGAGAGUAGAAUAAAAGAUAACGGGGAAAAUACAAAUUUUAUUUCUGUGAUUUUUUUUUUCGAUAAUUAUAAUUAGUUUUAACCAUCAGUUUCAUGAAUAUAUAUAUAUAUAUAUUAUAUUAUAGAUAU